AUGUCGAACAAUAAUCUCAGCGGCCCUCCGGAUAUGUGGGGCAUCCCGACACUGCCGUUUAAUAGGCUACGGUUCUAUCCGCGGCUACCAACAAUCUGGGAAGAGACAGAGGACGAGCUUGAGAUGAUGGAGCUUGAUGGUGAUGUGAUUGCAGUUGCGAGGAAGUUAACGAAGGAGUGGUUUCAGAGACCAAAGACGAAGAAGGCAAAGAAGUAG